GUGCAACAACAACAUCCGGAUGACAGACGCAGCAGAAUGGAAUCCGUGAAUUGAGGUCAACUUCAGCUCCUCUAUCCGUACGGUUGGAUCGUCAUUUUCACCCAACCGAGGCCACCGAGCUGCUGUAAACCGAAGAUGCUCGCAACAAGCGGGUUCAGCUGGGCCUUGCGCCGGAGGGCCGGAUCACGGAGGACUGCUGCGUUGUAUGAAGGGUAUUUUUGUGACAGUCGUCUCGAUCGACGAAGACAGCUCGAAACGCUGAGAACCAGCGGUCGACGGCGGCACCUGCACCUCGCCCCGCCGUUUCUCCUCGAAGACUACACGCCGCGCUACAUGGCCCUGAGCGCCGCCGACGCGGCCAAGAAGCGGUCCCAGGCCUACGCGCACCUGAGCAACUGCAACCUGUGCCCGCGGCGCUGCGGCGUCAACCGCUUCGAGACGACCGGCAUGUGCCUCAUCGGCGACAAGGUCAAGGUAAACGUCAUCGCGCCGCACUUCGGCGAGGAGCCGUGCGUGCAGGGCCACCAUGGCAGCGGCUCCGUCUUCUUCAGCAUGUGCAACCUGCGCUGCGUCUUCUGCCAGAACCACGACAUCGCCCACACGCGCAACGGCCAGGACUUGACGCCCGAGGAGCUCGCGGACUGGUACCUCAAGCUGCAGGACGUGGGCAACGUGCACAAUAUCAACCUCAUCACCCCUGAGCACGUCGUGCCCCAGGUCGCUUUGAGCAUCCUCCACGCGCGGGACAAGGGGCUGACGCUGCCCAUCAUCUACAACACGUCGGCCUACGACUCGCUAGCGUCGCUCGAGCUGCUGGACGGCCUCGUUGACAUCUACCUCCCAGAUUUCAAGCUGUGGUCGCCCGCCAGCUCCAAGCGCCUCUUGAAGGCCGAGGACUACCCAGCCACAGCGAGGGAGAGCAUCAAAGCCAUGCACGCCCAGGUCGGCGACCUCUGCUUCACCGCCGACGGCAUUGCCAAGAAGGGCCUGCUGGUGCGCCACCUCGUCAUGCCGGGCUACGAGGCCGAGGGCGCCGAGAUCAUGGCCUUCCUCGCGACCGAGGUCUCCCGGGACUGCUUCGUCAAUAUCAUGGAGCAGUACCAUCCGGACGCCUACGUCGGUCGGCCCCGAAGCAGGUCAAAGCAACCGGCUGCCGACAAAGGCGGCGGCAACGACCGCGCUAGCGAGAGGCGGUAUGCUGACAUAAACCGCGCUGUGACGCCAGACGAGAUCUCGACGGUGCGGAAGGCAGCAGAGGCGGCCGGGCUCUGGCGCUUCUGCGACCCGCCCAGGCAUGAUGGCUUCAGCCUAUAAGCAUGGGCGCUGGAAGCGACCGUUCUAGAGCGGACGCCCGGGAACGGUUGUUGUGGAAUGUAGCAGUCCUCUUUUCAGCAUUUAUUGACGCCACAGCUGGGGGACGCCACGGAAGAGGCCGCGGCAAACGGAAGACCGUCAGCAUUACGGCAUGCAUCCGUAGCACCCGUAGGUUCUGUUUCCUUCAAAAGCCAGUGAGAACCUCGUUUCCUUGAGAAGCCGGCGGCCAACCAGCUUAAAACCAGGGAGCCGUGUGCCUCAUGGCGGGGUUUCCGGGUUUCCUGAUGGCCGUCUAGGGAGGGCAAACAAAGCACGACAGGGAUCCCGCAGCCUCAGCACUCCUCCCGCCUGUCCUUUGUGCGCGUCCUUCGUAGCCGCAG